CUAUUGGAACCAAUAAAGCAAAUCUAGAGCCCACUGGCCACUGCUACUUCAUAAAGGCGCCACCACUCGGAAAUGUUAACCGAUUAGCCCAUUGAGGACGGUGAUCGAUGGAAGCGUGACAAGAUGAUGCAUUGGACGAUUCCAUUUUCUGCUGACACGUUGGUAAAUACUCCGUAUUAAAAGUACGCGAAUAUUUUCUUUUGCUUCCAAGCGGGACCAGAUUGUGUAGAAAGAUGAUAAAAAGGCAUGGCCAAAAUGUUGAAGCUCACCUGCUUGUGAAAUUGUCUAUGUAAAUUGAAUCUUGAGGCAGUCUAUGUCGUGUACUGAAAGUGGAGGAGUCAUAUUCCCAAUAAAUGUAGGGUCAUCAUUCAUCAAGGGGAACCUAUUGAACUUUUUGCAGGUUGGCAAUCCCUACAAGAGUCAAGAUCCUUGUUUUGCUUUCCCUUUCCAUAAUACCUUCAUGACUUCAUUCAACCGUUCCUGGUCUUGCUUCUACUCUUUUCACUGGCGCCUCCUUGACGAUUGACAUUCUAUGAGAUGAAUUUAGAAAACAUUGUUACACCAAGAAAGACUAGAUUGUCUCGCGCUUUAGCCAAGGCUUUUCACAUUCGAGCCGACCAAGUGAACAAGAAAAGGAAGUCGCUUGAAAACGAUGGUAUUAUUAAUAGCGGCAACAAUGAUCUGCUUGAAGGUUUGGAAGGGGGGGAUGGAAAGCUAGGAGAGAGAAUCGCUGAAGAAGCGUUUGUCGCCAAACUGUUUGCUUGCAUCUCAGCUGUAAAAGCUGCCUAUGCGGAUUUACAAUCUGCUCAAUCGCCUUAUGAUCCUCAAGGGGUUCAAGCUGCUGACCAGAUGGUUGUGACUGAAUUUCAAUUACUAUCUCAAUUGAAACAAUCAUAUUACUACUACAACAACUACAAGAUCCAGAUCGAUCGCUCUUUGUCAUUUUCUUCUCAUGAGAAUAUGUUGUUCUUGGCUGAAAUUAAGGAGCUAAAGUGCAUUCUUAAAACUUAUAAAACCACGGCCAAGAAGCUAGAAGCUCAGGAUAAGCUGAAGGGUUCCGAAAUCAUGUUCUUGAAGGAGAAAUUAGAGGAAGCCAAUAAAGAGAGCAACAAUUUACUGGAGAAGAGCUUUGAAUUUCCUUCUCCUGCCAAACCGAGUCCCUCCCAUUUCAUCAAAUGUCUUGCGGAGACGGUUAGCUCAAUUCGAAGUUUCGUUAGGGUUUUGACCUUAGAGAUGAAAUAUGCAGGGUGGGAUUUAGAUGUUGCAGCCUUUUCAAUUCAACCCGAUGUUGUUUCAUUCGUGAAAGCAAGCCACAUAUGUUAUGCCUUUGAGUCUUUUGUCACUAGAGAGAUGUUUGAUGGGUUCAAUCACCCGAACUUCGACUACUCAUCAAACGAGGCAUCAUGUCUAGCAUCAUCAACAUCUCAAAGGAGGUAUUGCUGCAACAAAUACCUUGACCUGAUUCACCCAGACAUUGAAGAGUCACUUUUUGGCAAUGUGGUGCAACGCAAAAUGGUGAUGUCCGGAGAGUAUCCAAACACGGCUUUCUUUACUUGUUUUGUCGAAAUGGCAAAGCAUGUCUGGAGUUUGCAUGACUUGGCAUCUUCUCUCGAACAUGACGUUUCAAUAUUCCAAGUGAGCAAAGGUACUCGAUUUUCUGAUGUUUAUAUGGAGAAUGUAAAUGACAACCCAUUCUUAUCAUGGGAUGGCUUGCCGGAAAGGGAGUCACGGGUGGCCUUUACAGUGCUUCCUGGGUUUAGAAUUGGUAAAACUUUCAUACAAUGUCAAGUGUACCUGGCCUAAGUUCAUUUUCAGUAUAUGUAUAUAAAACAGUGCAUAUAAAAAUGAUUUUGUGAUCUAUUUAGCCUCCCAUGAAUCAUCAAGGUGUAAAAAUAUCUUCAAAAUAUUGUUAGACAUUUUACUUUAGAAUUUAAUUCAAGUAGAAUACAAUGGGAA